AUGUUCGCUGGCCACGCCAACUUGACCUACGCCUUACGCAAGUUAAACUUCAAGGUAGUCAACAUGGAUCUUUCCUAUGGUGGCAAGUACAAUGAUUUGUCGUCAGCAGCUGGCAUGGCGUUUGCCGGGCUUGCAGUAGCUGCUGUGCUGCGGAUGGAGCCAGCUGGUUUGUUACUGCUGGCCCCAGUUUGCUCUUCUUUCUCAGACAUGUGCCAAGCCCAAGCACAACGCAGCAUUGUCACCCCGCUGGGCAAUAUGCAUCACGAUUUCGUUGUCAACGGGAACUUGCUCGCCCACAGGUUCUGGGUCGUGUCUAAAUGUUUCAAUUUAACCAGCCACGGGCAAGCUGGCACAUGUCUUCAUAAGUCUCUGUUUCUCUUCUCUUCCAAAUCUCUCUCUCUCUCUCUCUCUUUCCCUCUCUCCCUCUCCUUUCUCUCUCUGUGUCUUGCUGCUGCAACUAUAUAUACACACCCUGCCAGGUGUGUGCUACUUUGCCUUCUGGCUGCAGCGCUUGGUCAUGUCUUCUUGUUGGAGCAACCAGCAAGUGCGAAGAUACGUUUUCUGCCACGUUUCGAGGAGCUGUGUGACAAGCUGAUUGUGAUUUGGUUUCUUCUAAUCAUCAGCUUUCAUUCGUUCGAUUUUUCCACAAGCAUUGCCUCACACAUGUACCAUGUGGUGAUUAAGCUCCGGGCUGCCUUGGACCAGGUCUUUCGACAAAGCAUCUUCAUGUGCGCCUACGGCAAGGAGAAUGUCAAGCCCACCAUGAUUUGGAGCAACAGCAGCCUCAUCCACGAACUGCAAUCUGACAAGGCAUUGCUGAAGGCUACUUGUUUCUCAGUGGUUACCGUCGAGUAUGUCGGCUUGUACAAAUUUGUGUCUUGA